AUGCAGAAAAGUGUAGUUUUAAUUUUAUUUGAUUAUUCAUUACGGUUUCGCCAGCCAUUACCUGGAAAUCCCUUCUUAAAAAAAAAAAAAUGUGAAAAUGACAUAGACCUAAGCAGACAACCAUUGGACAGUUCGAUACCGGAUAAAAAGAAAGAUACCUUAAGGCAUCUCAUAAAAGAACAUUUUGACGAAGAAUGGGAAAGUAGGGAAGACCUCUUCUGGUACAAAAACUUAUUGGAAGGCCCAGACGCAAUCACCAUAAAGGAAGAUGAAACUGGAGAAGUUGUGAACGAAAUGUGUGACUGUUUACAUGAAGAAUCCGCCAUAUACUUCUAA